AUGCAACCUAUUAGUGUACGAAGAGUUCAGCUCCUUGAAAACGUUAGUUUGUUUCCACAUUUUGUAGGAUAUCCAGAGAAGUCAAUAGAUUCUUAUUCGUCCUUUGAUUUAGUUUUUGCAUUACCAUAUCAUUUUCAGAAAAUCGAAUAUUUGAGAUCAAUGAAGAAAUAUGUUAAACUCACGAUGAAACCAAAUUUGGAUUUGUUGAAUGAAAUGUCAUUUUUGCGGGUUCAAAAUGAGCAUGGGGAAACAGUAUAUUUUGGAAAAAUUGAUAGAAAUGAGUACAAAGUUUAUUCAGGAAAAGCAUAUAUAACAUACACAGAGGAUGAUACACAAAUGUUGGAAAAAACAUGGUAUGAAACAGGGUGGGCAAGAAUAUCAUUUCUUCGAGAUAAAGAUGCACUUGUAUUUGAAGGUUCUUUUUCAUUAUUUGGGGAUUUAUAUACUGUAAAAACAUUAGAAAAUUAUAUGUUAUUUAAAGAGUCUCAUGAACCAAGCAUUUUUGGGCAUAAUGAUAGUAUGGUUAUAUGGUGUGAUUCAGAUCAAUCGACUGAGAUAUUUAAAAAAAGAGAUAAUAUGAUGUGUAUGUUUAAAAAUUUAGAUAAUGAUUAUUUGUCAGCUUUAUCGAAUUUAUCUGAUUUAUCAUCUACUCAUAAAAAGAGGAAAGAAAGUGAUGUAAAACAAUCAGGCUUAUAUCCUUCUAGAGAUCAAUUAUCACUUAACACAGGAAAUACGGAUGGAUGUCCAAAGUAUAAAAAAAUAGCUUUUAUGGCUGCAGCUCUUGAUUGUAAUUAUGUUUCGCAGUUUCAAACUGUAAAUGAUGCAACGAGACAUAUUAUCUCUUUAUAUAAUAAGGUUUCUGCAAUUUAUGAAGAGACAUUUAAUAUUUCACUAGGGUUAUUGAAUAUAACAGUUAUGGAAAGUUCAUGUCCUGUUAAAGAAAACUCAAACGUCCCAUGGAAUAUUGAUUGUUCAUCUCAUACUAUAUCUGAUCGUCUGAGAUUAUUUAGUACAUGGAGAAGUAAGAUUUCUGAUGGUAUUGCAUUAUGGUCUUUAUUUACAUCAUGUCGUUCUUCUUCGGAAGUUGGUGUUGCGUGGUUUGGAGUUCUUUGUCAAGAUAUUAUUCCAAAAAAACAUGGUAUUGAUUCAAUUUCAGGCACAAAUGUUGUAGCAAGUUCAAAACGUAUUGAAGAUGUAGUACUUGCUCACGAAAUAGGACAUGGGUUUGGUGCUUCUCAUGAUUGUACUGAGGAAGCAUGUCAAGAUUCUUCGGUUUCGUGUUGUCCUUUAAGUUCUUCUUUAUGCAGUGCAAAUGGAAAAUUCAUAAUGAAUCCAAAAAGUUCUCCAUCUUUACAAACUUUUAGCCCAUGCACUAUAGGACAAGUAUGUUCUAACUUAGGAAAAAAAUUGGUUAAUUCUAAAUGCUUAUUGAGUAAUAAAAAUAUUACUUUAAUUUCUGAAAAAAGAUGUGGGAAUGGAAUUAUUGAAGAUGGGGAAGAAUGUGAUUGUGGAGGGGAAAAAGGUUGUAAGGGGAAUUUAUGUUGUGAUCCUAGAACUUGCAAGUUUACUCCUGGAUCAGUGUGCGACGAUUCUAGUGAGGCAUGCUGUAAAAAUUGCCAGUUUGCACCAGAAAACACUAUAUGUCGCCCUUCUCAUGACGAAUGUGAUAUCGUUGAAGUAUGUUCUGGCAACUCUUCAACAUGUCCUUCAGAUUUAUUUAAAAAAGAUGGUACAUCAUGCGGCAAUGGAUUUAAAUGUGCAUCAGGCAUCUGUACAUCUCGCAAUAUGCAAUGUAUUUCUCAAUUUAAUAAUUCUAAAGGCGCAUGUCAUAGCUCUUGUAUAUUUUUUUGUGAAAUCGGCGGUGCUUGUGUGUAUUCUGGACUUCAAAAUUAUUUUAUUGAUGGAACACCUUGUGGGUUCUAUGGUUUUUGUUAUAAAGGUAACUGCAUAGAAAGAACUUUGGGGAAUCAAUUGAAAACGCUAUUAACUGGGUUUAAAAAAUGGAUUUUUAUUAUUGUUUUUGUUUUAGGGCUUCUUCUCGUUUUUCUAAUCAGUUGUAUCUUUAAUCAACUCACUUCUUAUAAUAACCAAGGAAAACGUAUUUACAAUAAAGACUAUCAACGCACAAUUCAUAUUCCUGUAUAUACAAAUUAUCCACAUCAUAACUAUCAAAACACUAUGCCUAAUUAUAUGUCGCAAGUACAUUUUGAUCCAUAUAGAAAUUAUCACGCUUUUAAUCAAGAAAAUAUUCAUCAAGCAAAUCCUAAUUCUGAAACUUAUUAUGACCAGAGAUAUAGAUAUAGAUGA